AUGCUUUCACUGGAUACGUCCCGAUUAACAAACUCGAGGCCUGUUGCUUUCUUUCCUGAGGAGCAACCAGCCAGCCCGGGGACACCCACCAAACGCCGGAGAACCGGGGAAGGGGGAAAUCACGCCCCGCCCGGCCCUCGGCCCCCACAGCCGCCGCGAGGCCGAAGGGGAGCGGCCCCCACCAGGAGCGGCCCCACCAGGGGCGGCCCGAGCCCCCCGGCCGCGCGCCCCCACCCCGCGCUCCCCGGCGGGCGGAACAGCGGCCCGCCGCGGGACAGGGCCGAGCAGGCCCCGGUACCGCCGCCGCACCACAGCGGCGUUCGCGGCAGCUCCGGGCCGGCGCCGGGGAGCUGCUCCAGAGGGGCCCGGGUGGACGGGGCGGGGGGGUCAGUCGAGUCGAGCUCAGCCGUCCACACCCUCCGGCCGCGGGAAGGGGCAGGCGGAGGGCUCCGCUCACCCCGCGGUGCACCGCUUACACUGGCCUGGACGAGCCCACCGCCGCCGCCUCCGUCGGCUCGCUCACUGCCUGGCAGCCUGCCUUCACCUCUGCCCCACUUGCAAGCGGGCCCGGAAGCCGGGCGGGGCGGGGCGGGGAGGCCGUGGGGAGGUGGCCGUGGCCGUGGGGCGGGACGCGUGUGUUUGUGCCUGCGGGGCGGCGGCAGCAGAAAGAGAACCCGCAGUCCCCCGGACUCCGGAGGGGUCGUAGGCCCUGGGAGAGAGGCUGUGAAUAAAAGGACAAGGGGAGGAAGCGGAUCUGGAUCCGCCCUGAGGGCUUCCCUCGGCACCUCCGGGGUGUCCUCCGUAAGGCUUCCCAGAAGAGAACCUCGUCAUAAGGAGCCUUUUGUGAAAGACAUGACAACCAUAGUUAAUGAAAUUACAAGUGUUUUGUUAAAAGAAUUGCAAGAGAAACCAUUUGCAUUUUUUGGUCACAGUUUUGGGUCUUAUACCAGUUUUGCAGUUGCACUGCACUUGAGGAAGUGUGGACUAGAGCCGAUCCAUCUUUUUGUAUCGGGGCGCAUGCCCCAAACAUAAUCUGAAGCAUUUCUUCCCAUCAAAAGCACACCCAUAUGUGAUACAGGAGAUGAAGACGUUCUUACACAUAUACAAAUUUUAGGAGGAACAUCUCCUGAGGUUCUGCAAAAUGAAGACAUUAAGAAACAUCUGAUACUUACUUUCAGAGAAGACCUUAGAUUUCUUCAGACAUUUUUUUUUGAGAUGGUAGAAAGGAAUAUCCUAUUUCCUUUUGAUAGUACCUGCUUUAAUGGGUCUGAAGAUCAACCACAUGAUUUAGAAGCCUGGCACAAUCUAGCAAGUGGAGAUAUUUCCUGGAAGUCAUUUUAUCUGCUGGAGCCCUCUAAUGAAAUUUUCUUAACAAACCACAUAACAAGAUGUAUAGAAAAUGGUGGUCUACAAGUAUUUCCCCUAUUUUAAUAGCAGAAGGUGUAGGAUUAGUCCACAGCACUUCAUAAGAAGUCAUUCUUUCUGUACAGUUGCAUUCAGUUGUUAUGCCUGAGACUUGUUCUGUUCCUCCGGAUCUCUACUGUAAUCCUGUAAAAGGGGGAGUUUUUCCGAUUUUUUUUAAAUAAACAUUGGCUUUGGGACUUAAAAAAUAAAAAAGUUUUCAUUUUUUCUCUCUUCUCAUCUUGCAUGUGCACAAACUCUUCACUUCAUUCCAUAAGCUCAUUUGCAAAAAAUGGCAGCUAUGUUAUUUUACUUUUAGA